AUGUGCAUCUUAGGUCUUCCAUCUUCUCCAAUCAUCUUUUGCUAUCUUCUUCUUCUGGCUGACUCCACAAGCACCAACAACUCCCAACUCUCCUCUGCUGACCAGCACUUCUUCUGGCCCCUCCAGUUCCAGCCAACCACACUAACUGAAAAUUCCAAACCUGCCCCCAACAAUCAAAAUAUGCAAACCUUAUAUACUUUGCAUACUGAGAAUUCUAAUGCCAACCCUUCCUCACAGCUGUCAGUUAAGGCCCCAAGCGACAAGUUAAACUUAAAUUCAUCAGACCAGACAGAAACCCUCCAACAUCAAAUACACUUCAAUGUACAUUACGUUACAAAUGUCAGAGCACAUUGCACAAUUUCCAUUAAAUCUUAA